AUGACGUCCACAUCGGAGAAUGGAGAGGGUAGAGGUCGUCCUAUCUUCAUCUCGACAUCGGCUACUCACACCAUGACUCCUGUUCCUGCAGGUGGUCUCUAUUCCUCGUCCUCCUCCUCGGCAUCGAUGCUGGCGGCCUCCGAGGGCAGCAAAACUUCACUCGAUGGUCGUCGAAAGAGACCAGCCACCAAUCUCACAACUCCACGACAGAGCAGUAAGUUAAGCCUUUCUGAUUUAACUUCACUGCCCUUCCUGUUGAAUCUCAUUAAUUCUAUCGUGCGGCAGACUCCUACUUUGCCUUAA